AUGAGAGAGAAAAAGCAGAACGUUUUUGAUGAUUUCAUUGCAGCAGCCGAAUAUUUGAUUAGGAACAACUACACGAAUAGUAAAAGGCUGGCUAUCCAGGGUGGUUCAAAUGGUGGAUUACUGGUCGCAGCUUCUUCGCAGCAACGUCCCGAGCUGUACGGAGCCGUUAUAAACCAAAUUGGGUAG